AUGAAAAUGGCGCAUUUUAAAGAUAUUCUUAUAAAAUAUACGAGGACGGUUGGCAGAAGCAAUGAAGUAGACGAUAUGUUUUUUUCUGCUCUUCUUUAUCAGAGGCUGUUCGGACAACAAGUUCUCGAUCCAAAAUGGACUUGGAGGAAAUACUUUGUCCAUCAAAUUUUAAUUUUGCUUCUGUUUGUUUACGUUUUUAUUGGUACUUUACAUUGUUUGCAAACGACAGGAGACGUUGAGCUUAGAGGGGAAGCUUGCUAUACUCUAAUAAUGAUUGUUAUGUUUCCAAUAAAAAUGUUAAUUUUUAUAAAUAAUCGAUUUAUAUUUCGUGACUUAUAUUUAAUGGCUAAAACAACACUGAUAGACAUUGUAAGAGCAGAUCCAUCUACAGAUUUGAAAAGUGUAUUAAAAACAGGAAAAAAUAUUGUACUUACUUUGUUUUUAAUGGUAAUGAUACCAUGUUCAAUUUAUGAGUUAUCAACUCUAUGGAAUUACAUAAAUGGAAAUCGCACUCUUCUAUCAAGAUCUACAAAUAUAUUGAUGCCGGUGACUUCACCAUUUUAUGAGUUUGCCUGGAUUUUACAUUCAUUUUUCUUAUUCGAGAUAUCAUCAACGAUAAUAUUGGAUAUGUGGUUUGUUAUUCUAAUAUACUUUCUUUGUUGUGCGUACGACAGUUUAAAGAAAAUACUUGAUGUAAAUAAGAAAGCUGGUUAUACAGGAGCAAGCUACUCUUGUCGACUAAAUGAAUCUUUGCGUAAAUUUUACGAGGUUCAUGAUUCUCUUUCAAGAUAUUUAAGGAAAGUUGGUUCCAUGUACAAGGUUCUAGCUUUCAUCCCUUUAUGUAACGCAGCAUUCUGUACAUGUCUUAUUUUGCUUCUAAUGAGUAAGGAUGCUAACUGGCGAUUCGCACCGCAUAUGCUGCCGAUGUUUGCUGAAAUUUUCGCUUACAAUUGGUUUGGGGAGCACAUUAAGACUAAGACGAAUGAGCUUCGUCUAGCACUAUUGAACUUCGAUUGGACUUAUCUUAAUGAUAGAGAUAAAAAAAGUUACUAUAUCAUAGUAACAUAUAUGACGAAACAUUUCGGCAUGAAGACUAUUGGGGGAAUGGAUUUAUCUCUUAUUACGAUGACAUCGGUUCUCAAAAUCAGCUACCAAGCUUUCACUGUGUUACAAACGAUAGACGCUUAA